GGCUGUGCAUACAUCGCUACUGGGGUUAAAAGCGGACACGGGCUACUACAAAGAACCAGUACUAAUGUACAGAUAUCCUGCUGUGGUUCGUGUGGCGUAUAUGGAGUUUGGAGCGGCGCACUGGACUGGAAGCUGACCCUUUUUUUUUUUUAAUACAUAUAUAUCCAACCUGCUUGAAAAGGGAAGAUGUUUUGUGUCCCAAACCAAAGACUAAGUUAGGGCUGAAAAUGGAUGAUGUCAGUUUUAUACGAAAAGGACAUUUGUGAGGUGAGCAUAUGAGAGCUCAAAUUAUUGUUAUCUUAACUGGACACAGACCGGUCGGGUUCGAGCAGACGUGAUAUAACUGGGGACACAUUUACUGUAUCGCUGGCUGUCGCUGUGUUAUAUAAAUGGUCCAUGCAGUACUACUAUACAGAAAAGCUUCUCCGUCCACAUUGCUUCGACGAAAAGAACAGCAUUUCUUCCAGGAGGACAUCGUUCUGGUGACAUAACCCAUCCGACCAUGGAUCUGCUGGAGUGUCCGCUCUGUCUCUUCCUGAUGUGCGAGCCGGUGACCAUGUCGUGCGGUCACACGUUCUGCCGGAGGUGCGUCGGGAGCUACCUUCCGUCCAAAUGCCCGGCGUGCAAAGUGAGGUUAAAACAGCGUGAGGUGAAAGGCAUGAAGAACAACGUGCUGCUCAUCAGUGUCGUUGAGAAGUGCUGCCCCGACGAGACGAGAAUGAAGUGCCAUAUACAGGAGAAGCUCAAAGCCAAUGAGUUCGCCGAAGCUUUACGCAUCGCAAAUGAGGGGCUUGACUUAGUCCCAGAUGAUCAGAGUUUGAGGGUGUACAGAGCCGAAGCUAACUGGGGCCUGAUUCGUUUCUCUGAUGCUCUGACAGACCUCAACUACCUCUGCUGCCUUCGUCCCAACUGGACUGAGGGUUUUUUUCGUAAAGGGAAUGUGCUGCUGGAAAUGGGUCAGCAGACAGAAGCCCUCAUCCAGUUCCACCAUUGCCUAAAACUUCAAGCUGACUUUGUUCCUGCAAAGAGCCAGAUCAAGAAGAUCCUGGAGGCAGAGGGUAUGGCAGUGCCGGAGGAGGUGUCCUGCAUCCUGCAGGUGGUGUCAGAGUACCUGAAAGAGCCCUGCCCCAUCACCAGCCUCAGUGGCUCACAGGGGCAAACACAACUUGAGGGCCUCAAACAUCCACUUGGAGAAGAGGGAGAAGGUAAAGGGCGGAGAGAGGCACACCAGGUGAAACAUGACACGGGUACUGAGUGCUGCCUCAGCCUCUGCCAAGCUGUUUCCUUCCUCCCUGCUGCUGAAGACGACGAGGAGAUGAUGAUGAGGAAAGAAGACGGGCAUGGCAGGGGUGAAGGCAGUCACCGCAGAGAGAAAACUCUCUGUGCUCUCACUGUGUCAGACUUUGAGUGCCCUCUCUGCAUUAGGUUGUUUUUUGAGCCAGUCACAACUCCCUGCGGUCACACCUUUUGUAAAAACUGCAUAGAGAGGAGUCUGGACCACAACCUCCGCUGUCCGCUCUGCAAACAGCCACUGCAAGAGUACUUCAAAAACAGGAAGUACAACCCCACAGUUCUGCUUCAGGACAUCAUGACUCACCUUUUUCCCUCACAGUUGGCUGAGAGGAAACAAGUCCAUGAUGCUGAGAUGGCUGAACUGUCCAAUCUCACUAAGGACAUCCCUAUAUUUGUUUGCACGGUGGCCUACCCUGGAGUUCCCUGCCCCCUGCACAUCUUUGAGCCUCGAUAUCGGCUGAUGAUGCGUCGCUGCAUGGAGACUGGCACCAAGAAAUUUGGCAUGUGCAGCUACGAGCAUGGCAAAGGAUUUGCAGACUACGGCUGUAUGCUGGAGAUCCUCAGUCUGGAGCUGCUGCCUGAUGGACGGUCCUAUGUGGACACUGUGGGCGGCAGCAGAUUCAGGGUGCUGAAGAGAGGUCAGAGGGAUGGCUACCACACCGCUGACAUAGAGUACUUGGAGGACCUCAAGGUUGAUGGUAGUGAGUUGGAGCUUUUGCAGCGCCUCCAUGACAGCGUGUACCAGCAGGCUCAGGACUGGUACCAGCGCCUGGGCAGUCGCAUUCGUGAGCAGAUCAACAGACAGUACGGCACCAUGCCUGAAAAGGAGGAAAACAUUCAGGCCUCAUCCAACGGUCCGGCCUGGUGCUGGUGGCUGCUGUCUGUCCUCCAGCUGGACCCUUCCUAUCAGACCACCGUCCUGUCGCUGAACUCGCUCAAAGACCGCUUGGGACACCUCCGCCUCGUUCUCGAGUACUUCUCUCAGAGCUAGACCCCACAGCACAGUGGUACACAGCCAACUGAGAGUGGAAUAUUACGCACACACAGACGAAUAGAGUGAAACCAAUGAACGCACUCACAACACAGAGGUCGGGGUUUGGGGUUUUUUGGACUCUGAAUCAUAGAGGGACUGUCUUGAAGUAACAGCUCGAGGCCAAAUCACCUGGUUGAAAGCAGAAAGACAGUGAUUUUUAUUACAGAACACAGAGCAGUUAUACAGGUUUGGAGUUUUGCUGUUUGGGUUUGCAUAUGUUAUCUUUCUUACACCAUUUUCUUCCCUGGGAAUUCAAGGUUUCAGAAUAAUUUCUGAGUACACACUGUACUUGCUGUACCAGUAACAACUGCAGGGUCGACUAAAGAUGCUUUUUAUUUAAGGCCAUCAAAAGUGGUUAAUUAUUAUUUGUGGAUACAGAUAAAUCUGUUCAUUUUCUAAAUAAUGUUGCUGAAAAUUGACUCUAGGUGUCACUGUUUUCUCUCCAGUUAUUACAGACGUGAAGAACUUGCAACAGCAUCAGCCGAGCUAGUACAAUAUACUGCACUGCACUGUCAUGUGUUGCCAAUACAAAUCAGACUCUUUUCAUUAGCAUAGCUAAGUGUGGAGUGAGAAUAAACAUUUAUCGCACAGCGCAAUUUGUAGAGAAUUUUUCAGGACUAUGCACAUCAGAGGAUUAAUGUUUAUGUGUUGCAGGUAAUCAUUAUGGGUUGGACUGUCGUUUGCUGGAAGUCACUACUUGUAAUGCUUGUAUUUUAGUUGCAUCUGUUGGCCUUGACAGCAGUUGUCUGUGGCUCAUUUUAUUUUAUCGAGUAAUCCUAAAAGAUCCCUAUUUAGUAUCAGUAAAUAUUGCAAUAAUAGUUUAUAAUGUCACUUGGAAUGGCAGCAACUGGAUGAUGAUUUUUUUUUUUUUUUUAAAUGGAUGAGCACUGCUGCCUUUGGAUCAUCUGGUGGGAAACGUCAUCUGUGAAAUUCUGAAAAUGGGGAGAUGGGGUCAGUGAAUGGGCGAUUCAGGUGCACCAGCUUUGUUUUACAGUAUGAACCAGUGUGAUUAUGUAUGUUGUAUGGUCAGGUAUGGAUGCAGCACUGUAUGUAUGUGUGUCAGUGACAGAAAGAAGGAGUCAUUUUUUUUUGUCAGUCGCCCUUUUCCAUUAGCUGAUUUUUAGUGUUUGUUUUUUUUUAGAUAUGGCAUGGUGUCAGCACUGAUAACAGCUACUGUCAUGUCCGCUCCCUCGAGGUGCAAGACACAGACUUUAACAUCUCUUGUGCAGGGACAGAUGUAAAAUAAUUUGCCUAGGGUCUGACUUGGGCUGAGUCCCCCCUGCGGUGCCUCUGCGUAGGCCACAACACCUACCUCUGGCCCCUGCUGUGUCUCCCUGUCUGUUUGGCCCCUCUGACACCAGUCAUGGUGCCUCUGAGUGCCUGGGCCAACUCACGUGGAGACCUGCGAGUUAUAGAGUUUCUCCACAGCAUAAAGGAUGGACUGUGUGAUUUUUGCCAUUGAUUUUUAUUGAUAUAGCGCUACAUUCCAUAGAAUGUCAAAGCUGCAAUGUUACAUGUAGUUGAUUUACUAACAAAUACGGGCUUAACUGGGUGAAACGAGAGCUUAUGUUGGUUCUUUUUUUGUUUUUUUUUUGUUUUUUUUUACUUUGAUAAAUGUGCCAUAGAUAUUUCUAUGUUAUGUGUUUUCUAUGGAUAGUUAGCUGAAUAGAAACUGUGUGUAUGUUUGUCUACAUCGCAGACUCUGAACUUAGGCUUUGACCCUCAUGCCUUUUGUAUGGUGGACAGUGAACUACCAUCUUUUCAUGGCCAACAUAUCACCUUAAGCAGUCAGAAUUAGUCCAGCAGACACACUUUAAGACGGAGUACAGUUUAAUGUGAUGUUGUUUAUAUAGCUUAGAAUAAAAGGGGUAAUCAUGAGACUUGAUACGCACAAAAGUGUCCCAAUGAAGGACAAACUAAUGGACAGACUGAUGGAUACUGGUUCAGCAUUGGCUACCUGAAUAACAGGCUAAUCUCUGAACUCUGACUUGGGAACUUUCAUUUACUUUUGGGGGAACAAACAGUUUUUUUUACCAUCUCUUAACAUGGGUUGUUUGAUUCUGAAGUUCUUGAAGCCAUCUGGGAAUAAGAUCAGAGUCUGAGGCUUUAAUGCGCCAGUUAUCACAACAUGUCUCCAAAGCUGUUGAUGUCACUGACAUCAAAGGUCAGUUUCCUGCUACCAGAUAUGAUUAAAGCUUACUCAAAUCAAAAAGGGAUUGAAAUUCUUACGGAGUUCUUGAAAGACCAGCCUCAUAAGCCUUUGUGGUAAACAGAUGACAGCAAUACAUGACUGCAGGUCCGUGGCCACUAAGCUGAAUUUCACUCCCUCGUCCCACUUCUUGUUGGAGAAAACCGUAUUUUUGCACAGUGAAAUUAUUUUUGUGUGUGUUUUGUUUUUUGAUGCUCAGCUGCAGUUUCUCACACAUUUUCCUCUGUUUUUCAAAUCAUGCAUAUUUCUGUGUAUCACUGUUAUUACUUAAAGAUGCCGCCUUUCACUGAAUAAAAUGGUGAUGUAUGUUGAUCACA